UGAUAGAGGUUUGGCACUUGUUACUGGACAGCAGGUGGACUCAUGAAAUAUGUAAAAGAAACCUCAAGAAACGUGUAUUUAUUUCAGAUCAGAACUUGUGUACAAAGUGGGAUUGCUGUCGACUUUAUACUGACUGAAAACAGGAAAACUUUAGCAUACAUUUAGAGACAGUAGGCGACGAAAUGGCCCUGAUCUUUAGCGACCAUACAUGUGCAAUGUACGUGUGACGUGACUGUGAACACAGGUGAAUGAAAAUGUCAACAUCGUCACAUUCCAUACAACAAGUACAUAAGCCGGCUUAAUUACAUCACUGUAGGAAGUGUGGUUGAAUAUGGAAACUGUACACUAUGCAGGCCUAGAAUGACUGCCAAAUCUCGGGUAUCAUCAUGAACAGAAACACCCUGCAGUCCAACUUUGAAGGAGACUUGAAAGUGCUGAAGAAAUCCAAGCUUUCCGGAAACCAUGAGUACAACUCCUUGUUAACGGCGGUAGAGAAAUUCCAUCGGGAUUUCAAGUUGUCUUCACUGCAGUGUAAGGACCGCAGCCAACUCAAUCAGCAAUGGGAGGACCAACAGUUCUAUCGCAUCCUGGUCCGCAUGAUGCACGAAGUCACUAUCACCACGGGGAUGAAACAGAAAGAGGACUUGAAGAAAGUCUACCAGUGGUACCAGACUAAUAAAAGUGUACUUCAUUCACAACCUCAUUUCAAGGGUGCCGCUGCCAAAGACAUCUACAAGCGUCCAGUCCUGAAGUUUGCCCCCGACGCCCUCAAGUACUACUCCACCCCUCAUGACCGCAGACGGCAUAAGAGGGUGGCAUUUGAUGGGGACGGCAAGGCCCGCAGGAGGCAUCAGUCAUCCAGACAGAGAGAUAAGCAAGAGGAGGAAGAAUUGCUUGAGGAGGUAGGGGCGGAGUCUGAGGAUGGGAGGAGGGGCGGGAUGAGGCCUGUUACUGCACCAGCGGGGCUGCACAGACCAAAGGUGAGCAACAGUCUCCACAAGAGCCCCGAAUCCUCUAGACCAGGGAGUGCUCAGGAUGAGGUAAGCUUUGCUGCUGGGUUUGUCAACGAUCACGUCUCGACCUCUUCCCCGGAUCUCCAGAUGAUGCAGAGGCCCUCCUCAGCACUGGGUCUCAUCAGGCAGGCACAGACUAGCGAUCUGGAAAGCCUCAGUGGAGGCCUGAAGACCAACGUAUCCCCAGAGGAUUAUCUCUCUUCCACACUGUCCAAUCACAGUGCUCCCUCAUCAGGCCCCGCCCACUCACCGCAAGACGACAGCCAAUCGGAGUCCUCCAAGCCCGACCCAAACAGCCCCCGGUCUCCCCAGAAUUCUCAUGUGGGUCUGGAGAGCCAAUCAGAAUCCUCCAAUGCCGACAUGGAGGCCAUCUUGAAAUACAAGCACCCGAUAUCCAGUCUGGUGAAUCCCAUUGCUAGGAUACACUUUGAUGAGGAGUUGUACGAUGGAGGGCAGUCACCAGACGAGAGGAGCAAGUCGCCAAUUAAGCUGCAGAUGCACAUAGACAUUCCAACUGACAGUGCAAGAGAGUCCCGUCCAAUGACGGCCGAUGAUAAAAAAGCAGAGAAUUUACAGAAGUGGAUGGCGUUUCAGCAGAGGCAGGACUACGGUCAGGACGUAGCUGCUAUGCAGUCAUUCUACGGACAUGGCGGGUUACCGAGUAACAUGCGGUACGCCAGUCACGGCGGGGGCGAGAUGCCAGAGUUCUACACGCAGGACAUGAUAUCCAGCUACGCCGAAGACGACCAAAUGAAUUCACCUCAAUUAUCCCAUCAUCCCUCUGAUGCCAUCACCUCUCCAUCCCUUGAGCAGUUCUACGAGUUGACAGAGAGGCACAGCCCCCAGCCCCGGCCUUCGUCUCGAUCAGGAAAAUACACAGACACAACCACCAACAAGCAGUCCACUUCUGUAAGGGGAUAUAUUGCCGACGACGUGGCUUCACAGUUAAGAAACGGCUUGGUGACUGGGACCUCUAGAGAGAAGACAGUGAAGUUUGAGUCAGUGGUUGACUUGGCUGACCAGGUCGGUGACCAGCUAGCUUUUCAAAAGGAAAAGUUGACCCCUGAACCCCGACACGGUUACCGGCAGCCAAUGCUCAAGAUCAGCCCCUUCCAUCCCCGCCCUCAUUCCGCCAAGCAAGUCGCCACGUCACCUCCCCUCUCUGAGCAACAAGCCCCGCCUCCCCCUACCUCUCAGUCUGGAACCUCCCUCCAGGAAUCCUCCAAUGUCUUGUUUGCACCUCCCAAUAGUAGCAGGCAGUCCACAUGCAGUGACAUUAACAGCUCGACAGACUUCACUCCUCGUAACAAGAGAGGCGACCCAAUCAUUCUACUGCCAGAGACCUCACAGUACACGGUGCACUUCAGGAGGAAAGACAGGCCCGAGACGGUAGCUUACAUCCCCCAUGCCAUCAGCAAGCAGGGACGAGUGACACCAGACCAACAGAGAUACAAAUGGAGAGAUGACGGAUUCGGAAACCUCACAUAUUACCAAAUUCCCAGCCGAGCAAGCAGUGCACCAGGGAAGCGCAAUUUGAGAUCAGCAGGUUCAACAUCUGCUGGUUACCGUCCAAAGACUGCUACUGAGCAAUCCACACGAUACGAAUGGAGCAAACACAAGCAGGCCACUGAGAGUAAACCCAGGAUACCUCAAGCAGCCAGCCAUAACACAGUAUCCAUCGCUCCACAGACUCUGUCAUCUCUCAUGGUGGUCAAUCACCUUGGCAACGAGCACAAAAGAGGAAGGGCAAGGAUGGGCGGCCACGGCUACUAUUUAGAUGAGGAUGUGGAGUCUUCACCCCCAACAAUGGAGUACAUGUCCUUCACAGGCCCAGCAAAAUUAACAUCACGGGGUCAUAUAGACAAAGCUAUCAGCAUCCCUACAGAUGAGACUCAUUCCUCAGACAUCACAACCCUCCAUCCACUCUCCCAAGCCUCUCCCCUGGAAAGCAUCCCCAGUCAGGAGUGGCUGUACAAGCAAGGCAGCUCCAACGGCAUCACAGAGGGUCACGACAUGCUGGGCUCCUCGCAAGGAUACGCGGACUCCCUCAACGCUGGGAGCGAGAGAACGGACGACCGAUCACUGUCGCAGGACCUCGGAGAUCUAGACGACAUGGAUGACGACGACGCAUUGAACCAAUCCCACGAUUCUCAGGACCUUGGGUCGGAUCUGCAGUCCAGUGGAGUUGGCUCCCUACAUCUUGACGAUUACUCUUCAAUCCCCCAAGACAACAUGGAUAAUGACCACAUCCCAAAUCCUGUCAAUAUUGACUCAACUGAUGUGCCUCUUCAAGAAACUGACGCAGCUGAUUUAAAUAAUUUUGAAGAGGAACAAAAUCAAAGUGAUGAUGAGGUUGUCGCACAUGCAGAAGGCAUCCGUCCUGUCAAUGAGCAUUCUGCAGACAGCGAAGAUUUUGUAACUCCUGCGUUUGAAGACACUGCCUCAUCGUUGGGUGCUGUUGAAGUAGAUUUGCCAAAUGACGAACCUGAGUUUGAAGGAAAAAGCGAUGCAGGUCUCUCGUCCGAACACAGCGCCAGGGCAAAUUCAUCUGUUGAAGAUGACGACAGGUUGACGCACAUCUCUAACUACAGUGAGUCCCACAUCGAGUAUGGAACUGACGGGCACCAGGGAACGAGCAGUGAGGAAGAGAUGAGACAAGCGCCGGAAGAAAUUUUGAACCGGCAUUUUCUAGCUGUCACCCGCAACCAUGUGCAUCGGCCCAAAUCAGCCAACCCAAGACUGUAUGACGCUGGCGGGGAGAGAUGGAACCAUUACCACGAAAAGGGGAGACCUUCCUCAGCAAGAGAGGAGGGGGUGCCUUCAGUUUUCACCAUUGAAAUAGAUCAGUCGAGCGAUGAACAUUCUACAAGAUCACUGCAAACAGUUCCAAUCGCCUACAUGGCCCUGAGCGAUGAGCACAGAAGCCAACUCCAGCAACGUGCCCUACCCCUAGUAGACCAGCAAAGACCCCACUACAGGGGCCACCACACUAUGUCCCCUGUGGUCACCAAGAAACCCCUGACACCAAGGGGAUCAGCCAGACACAGCUCUAGGAUGUCACCCAGGGGGAGCGACAGGAGUGGCUCCCCUGCUCCAAGUAUAGACUUGUCACCAGCGACUACCAGGGAAAACUCUGUCUAUUCUCCGAUGGGUAGCCGCAGCGGUAGCCCUAUGACAACAGUCCUCCAUGCCCACCUAGACAACCUUGAGGAGUCUGGUCGCCUGGAAGCCAUGAUGCCUAACCUCAUGAAGGAGAUGAUGAGCCACAGCCAUAGCCAGCCAUCGUUCACUGACGAAGGGCCUCCAGAGCCUCCGGCAUCCAUCAAUGGCAGUUGGAGUGACGUACAGACUGAGGCUAGCCCUGGUCCCAGCCACAAACUCUUCCCACCCCAGAUUGAGAUCCAGCGGCCCAGCUCGGCCCCCCUGACGCGGACUGACUCCUCCCCCAGUGUCACCAGCUCGCGACCCUCCUCGGCCCGAGUCGGUCACAGGCCCCGGGCCUCCACUGAGAGGGCGCCCUUCAUGGGGACGACGUCCACAGCCCCAAACAGACAGAGGUCGGUCUCGUCGGCGGGCCAAGGCGAAGAGUGGAAAGGCAGACCGUUGCCAGUCUAUGGUGGAUCCAGAACUGUGGAGAGAGAGGCGAGGGCAGUUCAACUUGCCCAAGAAGCCAAGUCAUCUGUCAACAUCAGGGAGCUAUUCAGUGGCUCAGCGGCUAAAGAGCACCGCAAGGAACUGGAAAGGCAGGAACGGGAACGCUGGGAAAAGAUGCAGCGAGAUAACAAGCACCUCAACAGAUUUUACAGGGAGCACAUGAUGAGACAAGAGAUUGCCAUGGUCCAGCGCCCAGACAUCUUGGACCGUGGCUGGGCACGAGAGUACAUGUCUGACAAGAUGCUGAAAGAUAAGAUGAGACAAGACAAGUGGAGUGAGCAUAUGAGGCAGCAAGCUCUUGAGAACAGGAGAGCCUUAAGUCUUCUCAAAAGAAUUGGACCCAGUGUGGAUAUCUGGGAACUAUUCCACGGAGGAAAGAGGGGUGUCACUAAAGCACAGAUGAAGAAAGCAGCCGUCACCAUUCAGAAAUAUGUCAGAGGUUGGGUUGUGAGGACCAUGCUGGAGAAAGUCAAACAGAAAUCUCGAGUCCAUGCAGGUUCCUUCAAGGCUUUCGUGAAGUAUUACGCAUACUUGAUGAAACGCAUCGCUCGCUGGCACGGAGUCAAGAAACCCAACAUUCACCUGGAUCUGUGGCAAAUGGAUGAGUUCAUGGAUCGCAAACGAUACUAUGAGUAUGUCUUUGCCAAGAGAGCACAACCCAAUGACUCCAUCACUAUCCGAGAUCUAGAAGGCUUCUUUAAAGAGUGUGACCAUUACCCAUCCAAGAGAGAGAUCUUCAAUGCCAUAUCUGGAGCUACUAAAAAGGAUGGCAAGAAGUUGGAUGCUAAACUCAAUGAGAAGGAAGUGAUUGAGGUGACCUUCAUGAUCUACGUGCCUCAAGGAAGUAACCUGAAGCUGCAGGAAACCAGAAAAUCCACCUGGCUGAACCCACUGGUGGACGGCAAAGAAGCCAAGAAACUUAUGGGGAGUGAUGAGGUGGAGAAGGCUGAGUAUGCCAAGUCUCUACAACUUGUCUUUGCAGCCUUCCAGGAGAGACAGGAGAAAGAAGCAGCAGCCAAGAAGAGGGAGCAGAAGCAGAAAGAGGAAGCAGGUGGAGCCAGUUAGCAAGAACAUACCUUUCUAUAUGACAGCUUGAAGGAAUAGUACACAGUGUGAUAUUAACCUACCCAGUUCUUUGUUAUGGUUCUUAUCCUUGACUGCAGAACAUGGAAUUGUGCAAUCUAAAAAUGGCAUCAUGAAUAGGUGUUAGGGCUGUGCUGAGUAUACCGAAUAGUCAAAUAUUCAGUCAUCAACAGAAUAUCUGAAUAGCAUUUGUAUUUUUUACUCAAACGUUCAAAUAAUGAAAGCGGUCUAGAGAUGUUGAAAAAUGUCUACAUGCAUGGUUACAUUGUAUGUCCAGUGUCCCACUUUUUUCGAAAACCACUUUUCCCAUGGUUUGAGAGCUUCCACGAGAAAAAUUCACUCCAAAAGUUUCUUUAAAGUUGGUCAAAUAUCAACCAUUCUGUUACCGCUUCUUUAUUUUACUUCAAAUGCUCUUUGUCAAUUUUCAACAAGCGCCUGCACAUGCACAUGCAAAUCCAUAUUGGCAGCCAGUUUAGGCUGGCACAUGUUAAUCUUGAUCAGUGCAUUUCGUGUAUUUGAUUAUUUGAUUAAUCCAAGUCGGGAUAGUCGCAUACUUAAUUAUUCGAAUAUGCACUGCCCAAAUAGGUGCAUUGAGUGAUAGUAAUAUUCCAAAGAACACCAUGUACAUGACUCUUCAAGCGCCAAGAAGAGUUACAUGUGGAUAUAAAAGUCAUGAAGUACAGAUGACAAAAGUAUUGCUAUUGUAGCAGUAACCAUAAUUGUAAAAUGAUUAGCGAGUAUUAAGUCUCCACUACAAAUGCUUUUCAGAGACGAGAUAACAAAACACGGAUCCAUUCUUUUGACCCAGACUGCAGUGUAAUUGUAGUAGUGGAAGGGCAAUUACAGCAUCCUUUAGUAUUCUCCAAAAUGUACUCUUUUUUCAGCUCUUAUAUAACCCUUUUCUUUAAUUGAUCUACCUCUGGGCAUUCUGGGACUUCCAACAUGUAUAAAGUUAAUAUAAAGAAAUGGACUGAAGCAGAAAUUGAACCUGCAACCUGUACUGCCAUGUUGCAAUAGAUAACUUAGUUGGUAGAGUGCUGGGAUAGUAUUUCUGAGGUCGCAGGUUCAAAUGCUGCAGUAUUUUUGUUUGUUUCAAAGGUAUAAUGAUUUACUCUUGUGUUGUCAGUUAUCCGUUGUGGUUUAUGUGAAAAAUGUAAUCUUUACAUUCUUCGAUGUUGUUUUUCAAACAAAAAGGAGCUUUCAUAAUUUUCAAUGUAUGUUGUGUCUUUCUGAUUCGUUUGGAGGAAAUUUGGUGUUUAUACUUUCAAAUGCAUGUGCUUUUAAUGUAUAAUUCACGUCCAGUUUAAAAACAUGUCAAUUCAUUAUAUUUUUUUUCUAACGUUAACAAUUUAGACUAUUGCUUAAUGUAAGAAUCUUUGAAUGAAGAUUUUCGCAUUUGGAGGCUAUCUCCACUAACAGGCAUCAGAUUAAUGAAAAUUAACAUGCAAAACAUUGAAAACUUUUUCUUCAAGGAAAUAUACUGGAUUUGAAUGCUAACAGUUAUUGUUAGAGUGUUAAUUCUAUUUCUGCAAUUGUCUUUCCUUUAUAUUUUAUACAUAUGUAGAUAAGUAAAUUGUUAGUGGUAUCAACCAUUAUGAUAUCAAGAUGAUGUUGAAAAUUUUGAUAUGGAAACAUUUUAUUUUUGUAACAAUUGUUUUUUAAUAUGGAGAGAAAUGAUUAGCUUUAUAAAGGAACAAAAAUGAAUUGUUUAAAUCCACUAUCUUUGAAGCAGAUUGUGAAAGACAUAAUUAUUAUGUAACUGUUAGUCAUUCCUAAGAAUAUCACACUUUUGAAAUUAUGUUUUAAUUUUGAUAUGUAUAGAUAACUAUAUUUUGUUCAAAAGAAUUCUGGAAUAUUGACACUAAUGCAUAUAAAAACACCUAUGUUUUUGCUGUAUGGAGCUUUCCCUUAUCACUUUUCAUUUUGUUCAGAUGCUUACAUACAAUAAGCCCGAGACGUAAUGACGUCACGCUUUGUUUACAUUUGCGCUUUCCUAUGUAGUAGACGGUCCCCACUUUGUCUGGCGUCCCGACUUCGCGCCCAUAGGAAAACGCAUAUGUAAACAAAGCCAUUACGUCAUUACAUCUCAGGUCUAUUUACAAAGGGAAUGUUGCUAAUCUUUUCAUUUUGUUGUAUCUUGUGAAAGUUUCACAAAAACUGCUGUCAUUUUUUUUAUCCAAAUGUGCAUUUCUUAUCCUCCUGAUUGCGAUGAAUAUCUUUUUUGGGAGAAAAUGUAACCUUUUUGGGGUUUUUUUAUCAGCCCAGAGCAGAACGAAGGGUCACCAGGAUUUAUAUGAUUGCACCAAAUGUAGCAGAAUUCUGUCAUAUCAAAAAGCAUCAAUGAUUUUCAAACUCCUGAAAUUAAAUGGUAGUGUCCUUUUAAUCAGAAUUAAGUUUUGAUAUUUGAAGGUGAAUUGUGUAUAUUUUGUUAUCGAUGGUGAUAAUACGAAGGUUGAUUAAACAUAAUUAUUUAACCAA